AUGGUUGUAAAAUCUGAAACAUGGCCAGAUGCGACAAGUGAGAAAGUUGUUCCUUCCACUGCUCCAAGCGAACUCGAGUUUUUGGCGUUUGGUUGCAAUGUUGCGCUCAAUGCUCGAAGAGGGAGAAGCCCAGAGAGGAUCCGGAUUCUCGACGAAGAGGAUGCAGAGGCAAGUUAUACCGCCGCAUACUGCGGUUUUCGACGGCGCUCUGAAUUUUCCGAUUUGCGGAUUUGGAGCGUCGAACAGGAAUUAUGGGCCUAUGAAAUAUAG